AGCUGUCGGCAACAUACGUGCAGCGUUUCUUACAAAAUGGCGAGAAACGAGGGAAAUGUGAAUGUACGUCUUGUGCAAGCCGCCAUACGUGGAUCACUUCGAGACGUUAAAGUGGCAUUGAAAGCUGGUGCAGACAUUGACUUCGAUCUACGAUACAGCGACAAGGCAAGCACUGGCACAGCAUUGUUCAUCGCCUCCCAAAGGGGACAUGUCGACAUAGUGAAACUACUGCUCCGUGAGGGGGCGUCUGUGGCGAAGAGAUCCGCGCUCUCUCAUGCUCCUCUUCAUAUUGCAGCGUUCAACGGAGAGACAGAAGUGGUGGAACUGCUGGUGCAACAUGGAGCAACAUUAGACAUACGGGACAACAGGCAGCACACACCGCUCGUUCAUGCAUGUAUCUUCAACCAUGUCGACACAGUUCGGCUAUUACUUGAGCUUGGAGCAAACCCUGACGUGAGAGAAGCCGGAAGCCUCGAUGAAUGUGAAGAAGAGAGUUUGAAGAUAGUAGAAGAGGCGAUGAAGACCAAGCUGUUGAGAUGCUGCAACCCCAAAUGUGGCAAACCAGGCUACAGGAAAACCGGAACCCUGAAGCUGUGUGGCCGGUGCAAGCUGACCCGCUACUGCAGCCGUGACUGUCAGAUACAACACUGGUCUGUCGGACACAAGAAGUGCUGUGGGCAUGACGCGUACACUGGCGAGCGACCCGACUCCUUUCAAAAUAUAAUGACGUCGGUCUUCAAUUCAAUUCAAGUCAACGACGACACGAAAUGACUGAGCAUUCCUUUCUGGGCGUUAUUGAUCACACGAUGCCGCUAUGUACCAUAUCAAAUGCAGCACAAAGUAACAAGCUGCAUGUUACCAAACCUUAAGCAUUCUCACUAAGGGCAUGGUUCUGGUGUAUUUGAAGAAAACAUUAACAAUGUUGUCCAAAUGGCCAUGCAGUUGUAUACUAAAUUGUUUGCUUUAUUUUGUAAAUAGAGUUAACACGGUGUCUACAUACGGAGUAAUAUUUUAGAAAGCAAACUCAGUAGUGCACGUAUAUAACGUUAAACACGUGUAUGUUUCUCUUGUUGUGUACUUUAAAUAUGAAGUAAGAACUCACUGCAAUAACCUGGACUCCUAUUUAUUUUGCAAGUUGUUUUUUGACUCAUUUUGGUCAGCGUAGUACUCCAACAUUGUUUAUGUUAGUGCUUAUUGUACUUAUGGUAAUUAUAUGCAUAAAUGUGAUCACUUUGGUCUCAUAAAUGCAAUGGUUUUUGUCCAUCUAACAUCGUUGUUUUCUUUCUUUGAAACUGUCCACAAGCAGUCAAAUAAAGCCAAUUCAUGCAGUUA